CACAGCUCCAAUCUGCUGUCAGUCAGAGACAAACCACUUUGUCUCCUCACUUCUCAAACACAACAGUACUGCUGAGCUGCAGUAUUACUGCUGCUGCUGCUGGAUGAGUGUGUGAGCUGUGCUGACGUGAAAAUGAAGCGCUCUCUGGGGAUCUGUCUGCUGAUCUGCUUCGCUCUGAUCGGGCUCGGAUCGGCCAUCCGGUGUUACAGCUGUAAGGACUACACGGGCAGCUGCUCCAAACAGCGAGACUGCAGCUACGACGAUGCCUGUCUCACACUCUAUGAGAGAGGUGGGAUGACUUACCGUCAGUGUCUGAAGUACUCAGACUGCGAGUACAGCCGACUGGCCCAGAUGUUCCCACAGGUUUCCAGCUUUACCUUCAAGUGCUGCAACUCUGACCUGUGUAACUCCGCCCCCUCCUCUGCAGCCAGCUCUGUGAUUGGCCUGCUGUCCUCGGUGGCCAUCAUGUGGUGGUGCGCCCACUGAGGAGUGCUGCUCUGUAGCGCCUCCUGUGGCUGCUGUCAGAUCCUCUAACGCCUUCAUCGCUUCACGUCCAGCCGUCAUACUGAACAUGAGAUAAUUAUUUAUAUGAUGUGAAGAAAUAUGAACAGUUAAAAUGUCUGAGCAGUUUAACAAGUUCUCAACUUUCUCACUUUUUGUUUGGGUUUGAAAGAAAUAACAAACAACACAUUUUACAGGUCCAGUCACUAAUCAAUUAAAAAGUUUCCUGGACAGAAUGGAAAACUUUUUAUUAAAUUCAUUUAAUUUUUAAAAAAUUAUUAUUGUUGUUAAUAAUUUGAACUUUUUUUCUUCUGUUUUAGUCUCUUCAUGUUUUUAUUUUCAGACUAAAUUUACGUGUUGUUUUCAGAGACGAAGUUUGAUUCUUGAUGCAAACAUUUCAAAAAGAAUGUCUAAUUCAAAACUAAUUUGAAUCAACAUAAAUAUUCAUGUGUUUAUUCAAAUCUUCUUAACGUACGUUUGUCUCUAAUUGAAACCACACAGGAACAGGAAGCUGCUCAUUUAAUGACAGACCUGUCAAAGUAAAGCAUUGAUCUCUGAGAGCUUCACUCUGUGACUCAUACGAUGUGUGUGAAUGAACAUGACAUGAAUAAACGUUGACAAACUGGAAA